UUGAUAAAAAUAUCACUUCACUCAUCGUCGAUGACACUUAAGAUUUCAUCAUUAUCAUCAAAACUUCAAAAAAAUGUCUAAAAAUAAUAUCGAUGAUGCUAAAUUAGAAGUGAAAAAUUUCCUUAUCAAUGCUAAUCGUCCAUAUAGUUGUCAAGAUGUGGCCAAUAAUUUCCAAAAUAAAUACAAUAAAUCAUUGAUACAAAAAUCAUUAGAUCUGUUAGUCGAACAAAAUGAUGUGACUGAAAAAUUAAAUGGCAAACAAAAAAUAUAUUUUAUUUCACAAACAAACACCGAUUUCAAUGAAGAAUCAAUGAAAAAAGUGCAAGAAAAAAUUGAACAACAUAAUCAAUUGAUUAAUGAUUUAAAACAAUCGAUUAAUGAUAAACAGAUAAAAUUAAAUGAAUUAAAAAGUCAAAAAUCAAUUGAAGAACUUCAAAAUCAUCUUGAUCGAUUACGUAAUGAAAUUGAUGAACUUCGUCAAAAAUCUGAAGAAUUUAAUGAAUCAAAAAAUAUUACGGUUGAAGAAAAUAUUGAUGACAAUUUGGAGAAAAAAUCUCGAUUGACUGUAAAACGUAAAAAAUUGAUUGAUGAAUGGCGAAAACGUAAACGUAUGGCCACCGGUAUCAUUCAAACAAUAAUGGAAAAUUGUCCAAAAAAGAAAAAAGAUUUUUUCGAAGAAGUUGGUAUCGAAACGGAUGAAGAUUAUAACGUUAUUAUUCCUUCCAAUGUUUAAAAUGAUGAUAAAGAUUCUCUAUGUAUGUUUGCA